AAGGACAAGAGUAUUUCUGAGACUGAGAGAAUCCAAAGAAAACAAAGAGUUGGAAAAUCUUGUCGAGGAUUUCUUUAAUACAACCUUGAUUAUUGGCAAAAACAGCACUGAAGGAAGAAAACAGUUGCUUGACUCGUUCAUACAACACCUGGGUUAUUUAGCCAUGGAAUCUAAUGCGAAUUACGCCCUUCGACAGGAGGCUCUGAGAACAUUAAAUACACUUUUGGCUAAUGUCACCCGUGAGGAGAAGAAGGCCUUUGCUGCCUCUGAAGAGAUGUGCUUGCUUAUGAAGGAACUUGUGAAAACUGUUCAGGAUAUUGGUGAUUAUGAUAUUCAGGUUGCUUUUGUUGAAGCCUUGUUUAGGAUGAUGUUGAAAAAGUGCCGAGAUGAAAUGGUGCACAGUUGGUUUGAAGAUCAAUAUGUCACUAAGGUUUUUAGAGAAAUCAAGGAUGAAGACUUUGAGACAGAUAGCAGAAAGCUUCUUAAUGAAUUAAAUGAAAGACUUGGUGAUAAAAGAAGGAUCUAUUCAAUUCCGUGUAAAGCUGCUUAUACUGAACUGAUGGAGUUAAAGAAACCCGCAGAUGACAGACUAGAAGACUUUUGGAUUGACUUCAAUUAUGGAAGUGAGAGCAUUACAUUCUAUUCAGAGAGCCUAGAGGACAUACUUUGGGAGUCAGUAAGAUUGCCAAAGGAAGACAUCAGCAGUUAUUACCUACAGGAAGAAGAAGAAGAAGCAGAAAAGAUUCUUAUAAUCGCCAUGAGAAAGUCUGUUGUGAUCAACAAAGCAGAAAACACCAAGAUCAGAAUUCACUUUGAUAACCGGUUUGAUGUUUUAGCACCACUCCUUAAAGCUAUUGGAAAAGAUAAAAUGAUAAUAUUGAAUGAAGAGGAGGAUGCCAACCAAGGGCAAACUGCAACAGGAAAUAUUCAGCUGGAGAGAAAAGAAGAUCAUGCAGAAAUAGAUUCUUUAUCAGAUAUUCUGACAUCGCACCAAAGCAAUGAGUCCGUUACUCCUGUAAUAAAGAAAAUAACUAUUCCAGCAGCAACUGUGGUCGAUGGAGAGAAAGAGAGCCAGCAACUGGAAAACAAAGAUGGCUUCCAAGCCUCCAGCAGUAGAUCUUUGGUUUCUCCAUCAUCUUCAUUAAAUACAUUGGCUGCUCUUCCAUCCGCACAGAAGUUGAAACCUUCUCGGCUACAACCAAAGGAUAAGGCUGAUGAACCAGAUGUGGAAGGAGAAGCUGAUAUCCACCUUAAGGAAACCCACCCUUUAGAGGGUGAUAUCCUAGAGAAGAAAAAAAGAGCAAGAGGUUCAAGUAAGCAAAUGGUGGAAGCAAAGAUGGAUGAAUAUGAAUUUCACUUUUCAUCUGGUUCAAGCACACAUGAUAUGGUCUCUGAAAUGAAGCAAAAAAUAUUUGUCCAGAAGAACACUUUGCACAAGAGUUUGGAAGAAGGAAAUGUGAAACUGAACAAGUUUGAGAGAAGUCUGCCUGCUAACUACAAGACUCAUCUCUUUUCUGAAAGUAACUCAGAUUCUCUGAGCAAUGGUAUGAGUGAAAAAAGCUGGAUUCGUAACUCGCAGAGCAACACAUUGCCCAAAGUGGCAGAUUACACUCGGAAAAAAACAAAAGUCAAAAGCAAGCUAAAAGUAUUGCCCUUGUCUUCUCCAAGCAGUGACAGUGAUUAUGGUGCAAAGAAAGUGGAAAAUUCAACAGUGUCUAGGGACAAGAUACAGAGAAGAACAAAGCCAGUAUCAGAGAUGCAUCACCAUACAACCCAUUGUCCAGUUCUUGUUUGUUCAACUCCUAAUUCACAUAUUAGACAAAAUGGCUUAGAAAUGAUGGAUGCCACUUUCCCGUUAAGCAGCAGUUCUUCACCCUAUCCAUUAGAUGCUACAACAAGCAAGAAAUAUGAAGCUGCAGCUAGUACUCUACUCCUGGAAGAUAAAAUCUCCAACUCUAAGAGGAAAUUUUCAGAAUGGUCAGCUGAUUUCAAUAGGAAGCGCUCAAAACACACCGAAAGGCUGCCUAGAAAUGAAUUCAGCGUAACCUUUGAACCAAGGAAACUGUUUUCCUCCAUAGAAAUGGCAGAUGAAACAGUGAAAGGCCAAUCUUUAAAUGAAUUUGAGAAUGAAAUAUUUGCCCCUAAAAUACUUGAAGAAGAAUUUGGUGACUCGGACGUUAUUGCCGCUUUUGACAAUUUUACAAGCGAGUUGAAGAAAACAUUUUGGUUUAGAUACAAGAGGAUGGAGAUUUAUACACACAGAGUCAUGAAGGCACCUGAACAGAAUAUAGCAGCCUUGUUGCAUCGAAUCCAUCAGAGGCGACUGCAUGAAUUGGAAAGCUUCCACAAGAGUGUCGUUAAAGAACUUGCCAAUCUUGAGAACAGAACAGAGUUUCUCUCAAGCCUUGAAAAGGAUACCCUGGAUGGAGUCCAUGGAUAUACUGCAGGAAGACACAAGGGGUCUUGAUGGAACCAUUCACGAUGAAAAUGAUGGAAACGCCUCCAACCACACGGGAAAGCAGAGCAAAACGUCUGCUGGUUCUGCUAACUAACUUACAUUUAUCUUAAAUAUAAGCUUAAGCAACACUCAUCAAAUAUAUCAAGUCAUUUGAAAAUACACUGGGUGAAUAUAUUCAGUA